AUGGCUCCGAGCAGUGAUGUUGUUCUUGCAUUUGAUCUGUAUGGCACUCUGCUCUCGACAGAGAGCAUUGCGAAGGAGCUAGCGAGUCAUUUUGGAGACGAGAAAGCACAGUCUAUCGCUGCUUUAUGGCGGAGAUUCCAAUUAGAGUACACAUGGCGAAUGAAUAGCAUGGGCCUCUAUAAGUCAUUUUCGGAGAUCACACAUGCAUCACUCAAGCAUGCUCUGGCCGAAUCAUCCGUCACUCUCUCAGAAAAAAGUAUAGCUUCUCUGAUGACAGCAUACGACUCACUCGGCACCUUCCCGGACGUUCCACCUGGUCUAAAAAAUGUAUCAUCCUCUCCCAACAUAACGGCGUACGUAUUCUCCAACGGUACAGAUGCCAUGGUUUCAUCAUCCGUUAAGAAAUCUGCCGCUAUCUCCGCUUACGCGUGGGUCUUCAAAGAUCUUGUCACUGUGGAAGAAGUCCAUGCCUACAAGCCGGACCCGAAGGCGUAUGAACAUUUGCUGAGGAAAGUUGGGAAGGAGAAUGAUGCUGGAAGCGUGUGGUUGGUGAGUGGCAACCCAUUUGAUGUUGUGGGUGCGAGAGCGGUUGGCAUGCAAGCUGCGUGGGUAGAUAGAAAAGGUGGGCAUCAUGGGGCAGGUGGAUGGACGGAUCAGCUAGGGACGUUGGCGAGUGGUGGGCCGACAAUUGUAGUUGACGGGGUGGAGGGUGCUGUGGAGAGUAUCAAGAAGUGGGUUGUGGAUAAUGGGGGGAGUAAAUGGGCGUUGGUUUAG